AUGUUCCCGCACCAGAAACCACACGUACACCACGGCCCCGUUGUUUCAAACCCCAUCCCAAUAUACCCAACAUAUACGUAUCUUGGAGACUCACGCUUCACCGCAAUGUUGGUUCACGGGUCACCACAAUGGGGCCAUACUGCUUGCGGGCCAAGAAAAUAUUUCUCCUUUGUACAGUGUUUAGUAUACGCGAAUGAUCAAUCCGUGUACGAAACCAUAAAAUAUUAUGUAAGGAUCAGACUGGUUCGCAGACCUCAGGUAUCAUCGAGAGCAAGACAGUCAUGUUUUUCUCUGUUCCGCUUGUGCAAAAAUAGACGCAUGUCGCGGUGGGCGGGGAUUUCUUGGCGUUUUGAUGCUGUCUAA